AGUGGUCUUCUUUACUGGGCAGGUAUGGCAAUAGAAGCAGCGGAAAAAACAAUCCAAGACUCUUUAGACCAGUUUCACAACCCUAAACAUAGCUCAACCACAUGCACUGCAGAUUACUUGUUGGGCAGAAUCGAAAGUCUUCCGGGCGUUGUUGAUGAGCUAAAUUCAACGUUUACAUCUUAUCAGAAAGAUCAUAAAGAUGCCAUUCCGUGUGCAUGCUGUCUUGGGUCGUUCUCGCACCAGCUCAGUGAAUGCAUUCUCAAUGCAAAGGCCACUUCUCACAUGGCACCGACUCAAGAAGCUUCAGAUCUUCAGUCACUUGGGGAAUCCGCUGGCAAGGCAUCUCUUGAACUGUUACAACUCUAUAAACAGAAGGAACCAGAUCCAAGUGCUCUUGCUGAUAAAUUGAAUGCUGUGAAGAAGUAUAUCGCAGAUAUUACUAAGGUCGCCGAGGCUCUUGCACCCAAGGAGAAGGACAAUAUGGAUAGUAUUGGUAGCGAAGUUGACGAUGAAAUUAAUGCCACUGCCGAGCUUGUCGCUGAUUCAGCGGCCAGAAUUGAGGAAAUGCUUAACAAAACAAGAGAGAAAUUCAGUGGUGUCCAACUUGAAGUGAACGGAAGAAUUCUGGAUUCCUGCACAGCACUAAUGGAGGCAAUCAAGGUGUUGAUAAUGAAGUCUAAAGUAUUGCAAAAGGAAAUUGUCCACGAAGGCAAGGGCUCAGCUACUGCGAAAGAAUUCUACAAGCGUCAUCAUCGCUGGACAGAGGGUCUGAUUUCAGCUGCUAAGGCUGUUGGUUGGGGAGCCAAGGUGCUUGUUGACUCGGCUGAUAAAGUUGUCCAGGGACAAGGCAAGUUUGAAGAAAUCGUCGUGGCUUCCAAUGAAAUUACAGCAAGUACAGUGCAACUGGUAGCUGCUUCGAGAGUCAAGGCUCGACAGACAAGCGCUGGUUUAGCAGGUCUACAGGGGGCUUCCAGAAAUGUUGUUGAAUCUGCAGCCGGUGUGGUAGCAUCUGCUAAAACAGGAGCAGAAAUGAUCGAGGACAGCAAAGCAGUUCCUGAUUACUCCAAGUUGACCCUCACACAAGCAAAGAGAUAUGAAAUGGAGUCACAGGUUCGUGUCCUUGAGCUUGAAAGUCAGCUGACCAAAGAGCGUCAAAAGCUGGGAGAGUUGAGGAAAGCGCAUUAUCAACUGGCUACUGUUGAGGAGGGCCUGGACGCCAACUAGAUAGCCUUAGGAUCAUAACAAGUGCUUCUUCGAGCAAAGAGACUGGAUGUGUCCAUAGCGCCAAGCAAAAGGAGAAAUGAAAUGGAAUGACAGUUUAACUGAAUAUCUGGACUGACAAAUUAGAGCUGCUUGUAAUUUAGCAAAGGAAUUUCCUGCUACUGUGACUGGAAUUCAAAUAGCCUUCCUUUGCUGCCGUACUGUUGGUUCGUUGCACAAUCCCCAGAAGAUUGCGUUACCCACUCUUAGGAGAACGACUGCAAAGAAGACUGGACUCCAGUUUGGUACAGUGUGGGUAGAUGCAAGGCCUAAAACAUAAAGAGGAAUGCCGCUGACCGAAUGAUGCUGAUGGCAAAACAUUGAACUGAUAUAGUCACCGGUAUAAUGCAAUAAUAGCAAUUGUACGUAUAGUUAACCAUAACAAUUCGUCGCAAUUAAAUCGCAUCGUGCAUUAGUAGUAUUUAAGUAUAGAAUUGCUGCUUCGUUAUGAGUGCGUUUUGACAAUUAACGUUUUUAUGCGUAAAAACUGCUCCUGAGGUUUAAAAUUCUCCGAAAGUGAAACUGCCGAAACACCUAAAAGAUACUUUAGGGCCAUCUUUGACUUAGACUCGAUUACCAGUCGCUGUUUGGGAAAGGAGCCCGCGCUUCUCCCCCCGGAACUCUUCUCGGGGAUGAACGAAGACCGGACCCGAGAGAGCGGCGGAAAUCGAACCUAUCUUUGCUUUCGUUAGCAUCACUUUAUAAGUACUACUCUCUCGAAAAUUAAAUCCAGUUUGACAAACUUAUAAAACCUAUUUAUGGGCAGCGACUAUGCCAUUAAGUAACAGGAGAAGACUGACCAUUACACGGUGUAUUUGUAUGGCUGUGUAGCAACUUGCUUGCCACAGCCAUGAAAACUGUUUUAAGUUUUACAACUUCUUACUACAUCGAUAGAAUCAGGUGCCGGCAUGAUUAACUGAAUGCGAGAUGUAUACGUUAGGAAAGAUAGCCCCAGUGAGUUUUUCGUUAUUCAUUCGUAAAAACGUUGAUUUUCCACAAAUCAAGAUCUAGACACGAGCCGCUCUUAAACUGUGGAAAAACACAUUUGUAUAUCCUAUACUAAAACGUGUUUGUACUUUUUUUAUUCGGAACUCUACGGUUGUAAGAAGAUGGAUCAUGUCCAAAACAAUUGAUUUUAGGACAAUUUGCCUUUAUUUUAAGAAUUCAACGUUAGGUUUGCUGGUUAGACAUGUAAAAAUAUUAGGUAGGUAUAAUCACUUUUAUUGAAAGCACAAGAAUAUAUUGAAUAUUAGGUAACUUCGUAUUCUUCGAAUUAGUGAUGAUGCAUAUUUAAAAUGACUCGUACAUGUGAACUGCUGGUGGAAAAUUAAAGUGCAACGUUUUUUUGUCUA